AUGUACAUUGCUCAAGGUCCGUAUAUCUUUGCGGAGACGCAGCCGCGACGAGCCCCUCGCUCGGCCCCGUCAACAGAAGACUCUCCUCCAGAUGCUGACCGGGAUGCCUCGGGUAUAUUGGACCAUCUGCAUGGCUUGCAGACCGCCAAUCCAGCCGAAUUGAAUAUGGAACACUUGCAACUUGUUCUCCAGUGGAUCCUCCAUACACACAAAAUUCUCGCACGGAACGAAGAUACGCGGAAGGUAUGGGGGAUGACCGUGCUACAAGAGGGUCUACAGGCACCAUUUCUCGUGCACGGGAUUAUGGCCCUGUCCGCCCUGCAUCUGUCGCUACGUGGCGACGAGAAGGCAUCGUGGCUCAGCAUGGCCAUCGCCCACGAGAACCGCGCCCUGUCUAUGUUCUCCAAUCAGCUGGUGGAUAUCAACCCGUCCAACGCAAAAGCAUUGAUGAGUCUGGCGAGCCUAGUCGUGGCAUUUAGCUUUGGCAGUGCACUCACGCGGGACACUGACGAUGGCCCGAGUGUGGGGGCCUUGAUCGAGGUGUUUACCUUGUCGCGCGGAGUGCAGACAGAGGUCAACGGUGUAUUCGAAUUUCUGCGACAGAGUGAUUUUGCGCCGCUCUUUGAUAUUUCGCCGCCUGCUGUGAUAAUUCCUGACCAGGUUGCCAAGGCAUUCGACCAUCUCGAAGCCCUGAACGACCAGCACAGUCGAUGCUCACCACGCCACAAUCACGCCUCCUAUGCGCGGAUGAUCACACAUUUGCGAAAUCUCUCUGCCUACUCGUAUGCACUGCCGACCUCGAUGACCCUGGCUGCCGGCUUGGCCAUCAGAGCCCCAGCGGACUUUCUGGAUGAAUUGAAAAACCAUGAACCUUUGGCACUCGUGGUGCUGGCCCACUAUUGCUUAUUCUUGCAUCUGGCUCGCGAGAACUGGUGCAUUGGGCCCUGGGGAAAGAUGGUUCUGCAAGAAAUUCGGAGGCGAUUGAGCUCGGGGUGGCAACAUCAUAUAGAAUGGGCGGUUAGCGAAGUCUUGGACACGACGGAAUCAUGA